GAACAUUUGGGCAUCAUUCGAUUUGUGAUUUUGCAACGAAGACGUCGCAUCGGCUUCCAGCAAUAUCGUGUGCGGUUCGGUUCGUCUGCGAAACCGGUAAUAAUUCGAUUCGCUGAUUAGUGAUUUUUCGUGUGUUGUCUUGCGGCUGCGAGGAAAACUCGGAAAAACCGCGGCGCUCAUUUGGCAACUGGCAGAAAUGCGCUGUUUCCUGCCUUUGGUGGCCCUGCUCCUGGCAGCGGGGCUCGUCCACGCGGAUGUCUCCCACCUGGACACGGAUCUGCAGGAGGAUGGCUAUCACUACAAGCAGCCGUCGGUGCCGUUUCCGCCUCCGGGCUCGGGAAAUGGCAUUGAGGACGGUGGCAUAGGCCCAGGACCUUCGCCCUCGGCUCCGGCUCCUUCCUAUGGACCACCGCAGACGCAGCCACCUCGUCCCCAGCCACAGCCAACUCCCACAGCUCCAGCUCCGUCUCCUUCCUAUGGACCACCGCAGACGCAGCCACCACGUCCUCCACCGCAGCCAACUCCCACGGCUCCUGCUCCUGCCCCGUCUCCUUCGUAUGGACCACCGCAGACCCAGCCACCUCGUCCUCCACCGCAGCCAACUCCCUCGGCUCCUGCACCAUCUUACGGACCUCCCCAGACGCCGCCACCUCGUCCGUCGUCGCAGCCAACUCCCUCGGCUCCAGCUCCCUCCUAUGGACCACCACAACCACAGCCUCCGGCGCCACAGCCUCCAUCCCCGCAACCUGGACCGGAGUACCUGCCACCACCACCCCCUGCACCUCCUGCACCCAGGCCACAACCCACUCCGCCACCACCUCCUCCACCCAGGCCGCAGCCCACUCCUGGCUAUGGUCCACCACCUCCGCCUCCAGGACCUGGUCCCAAGCCUCCAGGACCACGCCCACAGCCGGGAUCUGAGUACCUGCCGCCUCCUGGCGAGAACGAGGUGACCCCAACUCAACCGCAGCCAACUGCUCCAGUGCCGGAAUACGGUCCACCACCUCCGUCCAAGCCUGCACCACCUCCGGGGCCCACUUAUCAGCCACGUCCCCCAGCACCACCUGCACCACCAGCACCUGCACCUGGACCCACUUAUCAGCCACGCCCACCAAGUCCGCCUGCUCCUGCACCUGGACCCACUUAUCAGCCACGCCCGCCAAGUCCUCCUGCACCACCAGCACCCACUUAUCAGCCACGCCCACCCGCACCACCUGCCCCAGCACCGGGACCCACUUACCAGCCACGCCCGCCAGCACCACCUGCUCCUGCCCCAGGACCCACCUAUCAGCCACGUCCCCCAGCACCACCUGCACCACCAGCACCCACCCAGGAGUACGGACCACCACCACCCACCAGUGGUGGCGAUGAGGCGGGCUCGCUGGGACCCGAUGGCUACAACUACAACAAGCCUGCCAAACCCUUUACCUUCUAGACAAGUACUCAAGUCCACUGUACUGUGAACCACCAUUGGACCCACAGCCCACCACCCCAACCACCAAAAUCUUUUUCCAAAUAAAAAACAAAUCUCGAAAAGCCAAA